GGCUAACGGGCUAUCGGGCUAACGGCUAACGGCUAACCGUUCAGUCCAGGUUCUCUCUGAACCGGAAGUCACGACAGAAAGAGAAAAACAGACACGAUGUCUCCGCCCGCUGAUGCUAAUGGUGAUGCUAAUGCUAAUGCUAAUGCUGAUGGUGAUGCUAACGUGGAUCAGAAGGUUCUGCAAUAUGAAAACUUCAUCAACGAGGUUCUGAGGAGAGACCUACAGAAGGUGUUGGAUCAGAGAGACUCUGUCUAUGAGAAGAUCUCUAUGUACCUCCAGCUGAAGAACUCCAUCCAGAGUCUGCAGGGCUCUGGUUCUCAGCUGAAGACUGAUGUUGACCUCGGCUGUAACUUCUUCGUCCAGGCUGAAGUGGAGGACUCGUCCAGGAUCUUCGUUGCCAUCGGUUACGGCUUCUUCGUGGAGAUGAACCAAGACGAAGCUCUGAGAUUCAUCGACAAGAAGACGAGUCAGCUCACAGCCUUCACAGAGCAGCUCACCAAAGACUCUGCUAAGAUCAAAGCCAACAUCCGCAUGGUGAUCGAGGGUCUGAGGGAGCUUCAGGGACUGACCGACCUUCCUGAAAGCAGAAGAAGAGACGUCUUCUAGACUCGUCCACAUAGUGGACGUCGUUCAGGUCACCGUUACCAUGGUGAUAUGAUAUUAUGGUCUGUAACAGACACAUGGACAUUCAGCAGGACAAAGAGAAGGAGAGUCUGCAGGAGGUGAAUCAGACUCAGAACUCCUGGAGAUCAAUAUGUCUGAUCGGAGAUCAGUCAGAGACAUGGAGAGCAGCAGCUACUGUUCCUUUAAUGGGCCGCUGUGAUCUUUACAGGAAGUGUCUGUAGACCUUCAAAAUAAUGUUUCUCAUAAAUACUUUAAUUGGAAUCAACUUUAAAAUAAUAACAUUUAUUUUGAUUUGUUUUUUUUGUUUUUACCUGGUUUUGAUUUGAGCUCCUCAUGAAUGUUUUAUAGAAUCUAAAAUAUUAUUAUUAAUAUUCUCCAGACUCUCUAAAUGAAUAAUUUGUGUUUAACAGAGUUUUUGUUCUGAUUCAAAGAGCAGCUUUGUGUUUUAUAACGCUGAGAGUCAGUGUUUGAUUAUUAUAAUCUUCAGGUAUCUUAAUUCAUUGAUUAUAGAAAAGUAUAAAACAUAAUCAUAGAAUUAUUAUUAUUAUUUUUAUUAUUUACAGCUGAUGCUAUUAGAGGAAAGAUCAUAAAUAAAUAAAUAAGAUGCUGUUGAGUUCAGCUGCUUCGUCAACAUCAUGGAGCCUGUUGCCAUG